UUGACUGUGUCUGUGUGUGUGGGCCGCUGGUCCCAUUGCGAGUUUUCCGAUUGCGUUUAUUUGCGAAUAUUCCGGAGCGUUUUCUCUGUGAUCUUUCGUGCUUUAUUGUUGAGCUCUUGGGAAAGUGACUACCUACCUCCACGCGGUGCGGCCUGUUAGUACCUUUUAGGGAAGCCAAAGGUAGUUGCGACUUGUUAAAAGCCUUUUUCAAGGCUAUUUGUUGUGUGCGAUGGCAAGUAAGCCACCACACUUUGCGGUUCUCGCCCGGACAGGGGGAGAAGAAGGGCUUGUGGAAGAGACACAGGCAUCAACUCCGUCUCUGCCAAGUCGGCAGGAUGGAUCGCACGGCAAUAAGGUCAUUGCCGCCAAAAAGGUUCAAGAUGAACUGCAUGAGUAUCUUGUGGCUAAUGCCCAUUCCAAAAUUGGGACAAGGGAUCAUAUUCCCCAGAUAUUAAGGAGAGUUGAAACAAUUAUAGAACUUUUAACUGAAAGUGAAGAACUAAAGAAGAUGGUGUCCAGCAUACAGAAGAAUUUGGAAGAACUGAAGGUUGCAGAAGAAAGAAGAGGAGGAAGAUCUUUUGCGCAAGUGGUCGCCAGUCCCCCCUUGGUUAAUAAGAGGGCGGUGGAGCCAAGGGAAGUGGUUAUUGUGCAGCCUACAGAAGGAGACAGUGAUGCUGAAAAAACUAAGAUGACAAUAAAAGAAAAAAUUAAUCCUCAGGCCUUGAAGAUUGGAGUUAGAGGACUCAGAAAAUUACGAAAUGGGGCUAUUGCCAUUGAAGUUGAAAAGGCAAGUGAUAAGUUAAAGUUACAAAAGGCAGUGGUCGAAAUUCCUGGAAUGACUGCUCGUGAGCCUAAAAAACGCACACCAAAAGUAAUCAUUCACUCAGUACCUAAGGAUGUAGAGAAAGGACAAUAAUACUGGACUUGAGGAAUUUGAAAAGGGUUUCUUGGUAAGAUUCCCUCUUGGAAACAGAAACAGGUCCACAUCUAGUUGGGUGGUGGACGUCAGCCCUCAAAAUAGAAUUAAAUUGUUAAAGUUAGGAAAGUUAAAUUUGCAGUGGGUGAGGUGUCCAGUAGAAGAUUUUGUUCCUAUUGUGCAAUGUUUUAACUGCUGUAGAAUGGGGCAUUUUGCCCGGGAUUGUAAGCAAGAGACUCCCACAUGUAGCCAGUGUGGAGAAGGACAUAGAUACAAGGAUUGUCAGAAUAAAAAUACCAUUAAAAUGUGUUGUAAUUGUAAGAGGGACAAAUUGGCUGACACUCGGCAUAAUGCCCUUGAUAGGAAAUGUCCGUUAGUUUUGAGGGCGAAGGCAAUUUUGAUUAGUCGAACCGAUUAUGGAGAUGGAGCAUAUUAGUGACAUAGAAGAAAUUAAGGUUAUUCAAGGAAAUUUGCAGAGGGCAAUUGCAGCUACCUCGUUGCUUAAUAAAAGGUUAGAAUCGAAGGAUAUAGCUCUUCUGCAAGAGCCGUAUACAGUUAAAGAGAAGGUUGCAUGUCUUAGUGGGAGGAUUCAAGUUCUUCAACAUGGCGGAGUCAAACCGCUGGCAGCCAUAGCAGUGUCAAUAGUGGGUGUGGAUGUUCACUUCCAUUCUGAACUUAGU